GCGUAUACUGCGUCGAGAGCCACGUUUCUACCCAGCCUUUCCGCUGUUUAUUUUGUUCCACUUGUUGACGAGGGACUCUUAGUCUGUCUUUAUAUUGGUACGGUUUGCGGUCUAGCAGAUUAAAGGUCGACAUGGUUUUGAAAUAUAUUGUCUUUGUGAUUUUCACAUUUUUAAAUGGUGUUUGCUACGCUGGUGUCAUUCACCAAAAACUUAACCUGGGCAAUUUUACAGGUGGGAAAGAGGAUGCAUUAGAUAACCAAGAUCUUGGUCCUCCAGAUCAUCUUGAUGCUGUGAAGUUUGAACGAGAUGGUGAUAUGAAUGCAGAAUUUUAUCAUGAAAUAUUUCUUGGUGAAGAAAAACAUCAUUUUCAUGAGAAAAAAACAAAAGGAGACAAGUUGAAAAAACUUGAAGAAAUUUUUCACAGGGCUGAUGUCACCAAUGAUAAUUAUAUUGAGGAAGGUGAAUUGCAUGCUUGGAUAAUGAUGAUGGUUAACGAUCAUAUGAAGCAAGCAACAACUGAAAGCGAGAAUAAAUUUAAACUUAUUGUUGGAGAGAAAGCUACUGUUGUAAACUUCGAACAAUUUCACGCUGCUUUCAUUAAAUCUUUGAGGAACUUCAAUGCUUCUCAUGAUGGUAAAAGUAAAUUCAAUCAGCAGUAUAUUGAAACCAGAUUACACACGAUCAAAGAGGAAUGGGCGAAGGCCGAUUUAAAUAACGAUGGAAAUCUUUCUAAGAAGGAAUUUCUAUUGUUUCAACAUCCAGAGAUGAGUAAUGCAACUCUCAUGAUUGCUUGUAAAGAUUUCAUGGAAGAGAGAGAUUAUGAUUCGAACAAUAAACUUGAUGUGAAAGAGUUUGUAUUCGGAUUUCCUGUUGGUGAUGAUAUAAAUCUAGAUGAUUAUGCUGAUGGAGAUGAUCUUAUUCGAGAUAAAAUUCAUCAGUUCAGAAAAUAUGUUGAUGUGGAUGGAGAUGGAUUUCUUACACUUGAUGAAUUAAUGGUGUAUCUCGAUCCAUUCAGCAAUUUAAAUGCAAGGAAUGAUGCUCAUGAUAUGAUGUUUUAUGUUGAUUCUGAUGCAGAUGGUAAAUUAACACUAGAUGAAGUGAAGCAAGCUAGUGAAUAUUUAACAGGAACAAAACUAUUUGAUGCUUCUUCCUUUUUUCAUAAUGAGCUAUGAACUAUUGCAAGUAAUUGCGACUUGAGAGUUCCAGUGUAUAAAGGUGUAUUUAUGUUAUGUGUAGCGACUAGCUGGUAUAUCAAUCAACUUUUUCGAUUACUGUAUUGUCUACUGCAGUGGUUCUCAAAUGAUGGGGCGCACCCCACAAGGGGGCGUGAAGAUAAUUAAAAGUAAAAAUUAGAUCUUGCCAGUCUUAUUUUGGAUAUUUACGUUCCAUCCACAUGUUUUUUGGAUGAAACAUACUUUCGCCGUAAUAUCUGUUAUUUGUAGCUUAUUGUUAGGGGUGGGGCGCAAGACUUCAAAUUCUAAAUGGGGGCGUGACUUAAAAAGUUUGAAAACCACUGGUCUACUGUAAUAGGUCAGGUCCAUGGCUAGCAUCUGCUUAUCAGUGAGAAUGCAGAAUACAACCAUAACGCUGCAUGUCUCAUUAUAUAUUUUUGUUAGUUAUAAUAUUUUGCCUUAUAAUAGUGCUAUAUGCAGUUUAUGUAAUUUUUCAAUUUACCCACUGUAUUGAUCAUGAAAUGCUGUGUUUGGGAUGCAAUAAAAUUUAGUAAGAAAUCAA